AUGUUUCACCCUAACGGUACAGCUGUUGAGUCAGUUUUAGUUUAUGCCGACGGGAACAUUUGUUUGGAUAUUUUAAAUUCAAAGUGGAGUCCUACUUUUGACGUGGGGGCUAUUUUGACGUCUAUUCAGUCUCUCCUGGACGACCCCUUUAUUCAAAGUCCAGCCAAUUAUCAGGCAGCGACUCUUUAUACACAGAACAAGAGGGAGUACAACAAAAUAGUCUCUGAGCUGAUUGAGUCUAACCUCACUCCAUGCGAAGAAGAGUCUGAAAACGAGGAUGAACAAGUCGACUCCUAA